ACCUCCAAAGGUGUUUAGUGGAAUUAUGUACUUUAGAAGUCACAAUUCACUUUAAAAUAUAUAGUUCUUUCUAAAGUAUUUUUUUAAUGGUAUCCAAGCUCAGCUUGCACACUGCUCAUAAUAUAUAAACGAUUAUCUCAUCUCUGUGCAAUUCAUAGUAAUGCUGACCACCAUUAAAAAUCUAAGCAUGGGCUUAUCUCAUCUCCAACUUAAAUAGAAUUUUGGGUUAUUCUUUUGUAUUUUCUUUGCACUUUAUGCAACUGUAUUUAAUUAGAAUUGAGUUACAAACUAUUAAUUGGAAUCUUUUGCAACUUUUUCAAAAUUUUCAAAUGUAAAGUUUUAAGUUUCAUUUAAGUUGGGACAAAAGAGAGGCAAAAUCUUUGGCGUGGAAAGUGGGCAAAGGUACCGUUGAGGCUGUGCAAAAGGUACGAUCGUCCACAAUGACAAAGAGGAAUAGCCGAAAGAAGAAGACGAGUAGCAGCAACAGCCAAAGCCCUAGCAAUCACAAAUUCUCCAUUUUUGAGUUUAACCCCGACGAUGAGUGCGUUGAGAAACACUCCAAAAAGUUAUUGCAAGCAUUUAAACUUCAAAAACCUAAGAAAUCCCAUUCCCCGAUCGAUAAGUACACCUUUCUCGGCUUCUUUGAAGGAAGAACAAGGAGUUCAGAAAAUGAUUCAGUGAAUGAAAUCCUACACAUUGAUGAUAGUGAUGAUAUUGCAGAAAAGAAGAUAUUGGAGUCAGGUGCCACUGUGGCAUCUAGCUUUUCAAGUUCGAAGCCUUCAACGGAUUAUUCUCUUGGUCAUCUUGAGUCAAAAUGUGACACUUCCGGGGCCAAAUCCCAUUUAACAAGAGCGAAAAUACCUGGAUGCUCUGACACUGAUGGCAAAAGUUUUAGGGGAAGACUUUUUGCUGAUAAUGAGCCAGUUAUUCUAGAUUCAGAUGAUGCUACUGAAAUCGUAUCAUCCAAGCCGGCCUGUUAUCUGCCAGAAAAUAAGGGUUCAGGAAACCAGCAAGAAUUGAUGCAAAGUCCUAAUCUAUGUGAUAAAAAAAAUUCGGUGAUUGUUAAACCUGAUCGUGUCGAGUAUGGAGAUACGUGUUCUACAAGCUCCAUUUUGACUUUUUCAUGCAGUUCCAUAAAGCUUGAGGGCUCCUCCAAGUGGAUGAACUUACCAUUUACAUAUGAAUGGACACACUCUGAUAUUCUCUCUAUUAACUCCAUGUGGUGCAAAAUUGUUAAAACUGCCCUUGUGGAAUUGCAUCUCAAAUCCAACGAAAAUUCAGGCGCUGUUGUGUUAAAGUUUGCUUUGUUCCACCCUGAUUGGUCUGAAACACAAGAAGCAAUUAAGAUGCUGGAUGUGAGAUACAAAGAUAAAUGGAAUGACAUUACAUCACUUGAUUGCACGAGGAGCUACAGUCCAUUUUUUGGGCAGAAAAGCAAUUCAAUUUCAAAGCAUUAUCAUCCCAAAGAUAACUUUGAAGAAGUUAUUUAUCCAGAAGGGGAUCCAGGUGCAGUUUCCAUAAGUAAGAGAGAUGUUGAUCUAUUACAGCCUAAGAAUUUCAUCAAUGAUACCAUCAUCGACUUUUACAUUAUGUAUCUUAGGAACAAAAUCAAUCCUGAGGAGAAAGAUAGGUUCCAUUUUUUCAAUAGCUUUUUCUUCAGAAAGCUUGCUGAUCUGGACAAAGAUCCUACUAGAGCUUGUGAAGGUAGAGCUGCUUUCCAGCGAGUUCGUAGAUGGACUACAAAAGUUGAUCUAUUUGGAAAGGAUUUCAUUUUCAUUCCGGUCAACUUCAGUCUCCACUGGAGUUUGAUAGUCAUUUGUCACCCUGGCGAGGUUGUUACCAUUAGAGGAGAGGAAGAAAUGGAGAAAUCAUCUAGGGUACCAUGUAUCUUGCACAUGGACUCAAUCAGAGGGAGCCACAAAGGCCUGAAGAAUCUUUUACAAAGUUACUUAUUGGAAGAGUGGAAAGAGAGGCACAAGGAAGUAGCAGAGGAUGUUGCAAGGAAGUUCUCGAAUCUGCCCUUUUUCAGUCUCAAGCUGCCACAGCAGGAAAACUCAUUUGAUUGUGGCCUUUUUCUGCUACAUUAUGUGGAACUUUUCCUGGAGCAGGCUCCGGUCAACUUCAACCUCUCCAAAAUAACUGCAUCGCCCAAAUUUCUUGCUGGAGAUUGGUUCUCACCUGAAGAUGUUGAUUGCAAACGUGAACAUAUUAAACGUUUGAUCUGUGAAAUUACAAAAAAUAGAGUCCAGAAGGUUUCUUCAGCUGAUUCUGAUGACAACUAUUCUUUACAUUGCUUAGAAGAGGAAAAUACUUGUAAGAAUGUUCCUCAGGAAACUUGCAAUGCCAGAGAAGCAUGUCCUGGUGGUGACUUGAGCUCACAUGAGGCUGAACUUCUUAAUAUGUCUCCUGUAGCCAACCUUAUUAGGGGUUUGAAGAGUGCUGCAGUAUCAGAAGUGGUUUCUAGAGAUUUGUUGCAAGCACCAGAUUCUGCAAAGCCACUUGCUUAUGACAAUGAUGGGCAAAAGGCACUACUGGAUCCAUUUAGGAAUGUCAUGUCACCAAUAGAGGAAGAGGCAAUUGGGGAGCAGAUGUCUAUCUCACCAGCCAUCAAAGCAGGGAGCCAGUCCAUUGAACUUUUUGCAGCAGCACAUGCUUCCAGGAGUUCUAAAGCAGAAACCCUGUUUCCUGGAAGAGCUAGUCCUCUUAGCAAAAAUAUAACUCCAGGUUGUCAAAGUUAUGGAUGUCGAUCUCCAUAUUCAAUAGAUGAUGAAGAGCGUAAGGCUGAAGUAGAGGAGGUUUCCACUCCUGAUGCAGCAAAAUUUGACUCACCAAUUUCGGAGGAGGAACUUGCCAGCUAUAUUGUUUUGGACUCUCAGGAGGAAGAUGAAAACCAUGAUCCGAAUGGUAUGGAAAAUAACCUACCCACUACAGCCACUAUUUCUGCUUCGUGCCACAAGGAGGUUAACUCCACUGAUAUCUAUGAUUAUAAAGUAAAUGAAAAGAUAUUGUCUUCACAAUUAGCAGAGCAGGCUGCAAAGAAGCCAAGGCCCGUGCCUGAAGUUUUCGAGGUGUCCAGUUCUGGAACAGGGAAAGACGAAACUGCACCUUCUUCAACAUCAUGUGAGGAAGUUGCAAGCUUAUAUAUCCAGGAUUCAGAGGUGGUCAACUCCGUGAAUUGUAGUGAAGUAAAUAAUUUAGGACCAGCAACAGGAUCCAGGAUCAAGCAUGUUGCAGGGCAGAUGAGGUAUUUGUUUCGCCGUCGACGAAGAGGCGGAUAGACCUGCCAGGAGACUUAAAUAUACAUAAUUGACUUGCAUGCACAGCGUUUUUGGUUGAUAUGGAUUUCGAAGAAAGUAGGUACAACUGUAAAUAUACCUACUGUCUCAACAAUGAAUCUUGCCACCUUCCCCUUUGGCCACCUUUUUGUCCAGAACUAUCUAUGCGGAGGAAAUACGUGUAUAUAUAUAGACAUUUUAUGGUUGAAUAUUGGGUGUUUCUGUUUUCUUUCUUUCAAAAGUGCCGUUUAUACACUAACAAUGCAGUGCAGUCAUUACAUACAAUAGUUUUGGAAGUCCAACUCGAGCUACCUUCAGUAGUUCAAAUAAAUUGAAGUUUUUAGAUA